AUGUCUCCCUCACUCGUAGCUCCCUCACCACCUCAGCAGAAACCGGGCCUUCUCCUCGUCAACCCACGCCUUCGUGACCCCAACCCAGACAACGCCGACACAUUCCUGCGCUGGACAAAACUGCAUGCCAGAGACUUACUCAACGUACCCGAUUCUGGUUCCGGUCAUGUAACGCAUGGUUUACGGUUUUGCGCUCCAGAUAGCGAUGACAGGUAUUCGCAUGCAGAGGAAGACGAAACAAUGCCAAAGUACCUGUACACUUUUCCUGUGUCGGACAUUACGUUUUUGAAGGGAGAAGCGUAUAACGGGGUCAGUCGGAAACUGAAUUUGGAGAAGACGAGGGAGUUGGAGAGUGGAGAAGAGGCUGUUGGGUUUCCGGAACAAGGAAAGGAUGAGGCGAUGGUGUUUGAUAUUGUGGAUGCCAAGUUUGCCGUUUAUGAAGAGGUGGAAUCGGCGUGGUUGGGGAGUGAAGAUUCGUUCCAAAAGUUACCAACCCAUCUCACUUCGAGGGGUGGUACGGGGCCGAAAUCAGUUCUGGUUGUAGUACACGUCGAUCUACCGCAAGCCCAUACGACCACAGGUGUCGAAAUUGUUCCCGAGGCUCUUCGAUCUUCCCUCCUCAACCUUGUCAAAGCCGCUGUGCCUCCAGCUCUUAAGCCGUAUUCUUCACUGUAUCGAUGGUCUGGCGUUGAGGCACAACCCGAUCAUCAUCCGUUGAUUAGCAAAGACGGACGUGGGAAUUGGAUGGUGCUACUUUUGCUAGUUGACGAAGAAGGGAAGACGUUGAUCAGAGAACAUGCUGCAAUGUUAGUGCAGGGUUGGGUUCAAGAGGAGAGGGGCAAGCUGGGUGGAGGGAAGAUUGAUUUUGGGGUCUGGGACGGGGAGGUUCUUAUGGGAUAG